UAGCUUUCCUUUGCCACUUGAAAGCGACAUAUAAAUUUGCCGUUUUUCCCAUUUUUUUUCCAGAUACCAACUGCGUGGAGGGGAUGGCUGUAGCCAGUCCUUCGUAACAAUUCUCCGUCUCUGCCGUUUCUGUUUCCGCUUUGGCAAAGCAGUUUCUGUCUCCAGAGCAAUUUCCUAACACGUUCCGAGCGUUUGUUGCUUCAAAGCAGAGCCUGGCCAUAAAAUACAGUGCAGAAGUGGCGUCGAGCAUCUUUCAGCUCUUUCCGACAUGGACGAUGGUGCGGAUGAACGCGAGGAAGAGCUGUCUUCUUUGACGGCCAUUUUUCCAGAGAUUCAGAUCGAUGCCAAUGACAAGUACACCUUCACGAUCGACAUCCCUGUCACACCAGCUGACAAAGUCGUUGUUAAAUUCGACCCCCGUGAUUCGGGGAUCCAAAUUUCACAUCUUCCCUCGCUCAAGGUGAAAAUGACUUUGCCAGAGGGUUAUCCUUCACAAAGGGCGCCCGUCGUUCAGCUUGGCUGCAACCCCCCAUGGCUACCACGAGAUAAGUUGGAUGAGCUGUGUAAUGAGGCGUCAGUACUUUGGAAUCAAUAUGGCCAAUCCCAAAUGGCUUUCGAUUACAUCGACUCCCUCCAGCAGGCCGCUGAGCGAGCUUUUGAUCUGACAUCUGGAAAUGGCCAUACUUUGGAUCUGGACCCUUCCAUGCGCAAAGAUAUAAUUCAAGCAAAUCAAGAAGCCGCUAAGAUGUCUUUCAAUGCAGAAACCUUCGACUGUGGCGUAUGCUUAGAUCCAAAGAAAGGCAAGGACUGCCACAAGCUUCACAAAUGCGGUCAUGUGUUCUGCAUAGAUUGUCUUCGAAGUGCCUACGAUGCAGCGAUAGCCGAGGGAGAUGUAUCUAGGGUCAAGUGUCUCUUCCCCGAUUGUGGCGUAGAAAGAGAUGCUACCACGAAACGGGCGACCAAGGCUGCGCCGACUCUUGGACCAGAUGAGCUGCUAGAGAUCCCGAUUGCGCUCGCCGCCGUCGAACGAUACGUCAAGCUCAAGCGAAAAAAGCGCUUCGAAUCCUUUCCCAAGACAGUGUACUGUCCUCGGAAAUGGUGUCAGGGCAUUGCUAGGUCUACUCGAUACCCGAAGAAGGAUGUGACCACUAUGACCGCGGCUGACCUUGAACCUGAAAACAUUCUCAGCGAGAAGGACGCCGAACCGAAAGAUUUGAAAAAUAACGAAGACCGCCUCAGGAUUUGCGAGGAUUGUGAUCUCGCGUUUUGCAGGGUCUGUCUGGCAACUUGGCAUGGAGACUACGUGCUCCGCUGCUGGCCGAGAACUGCGGACGAGUUGACGGAGGAGGAAAAGGCGUCAUACAGCUAUCUUCUCAAACAUACAUCGCCGUGUCCAUCAUGCGACUUUGCCAUUCAGAAAUCGAUGGGUUGCAAUCAUAUCACGUGCUUCAAUUGCCGAAGUCAUUUUUGCUACUUGUGCUCAGCAUGGUUGGACCCAGGGAAUCCAUAUGAACACUUCAAUAAAAAAGGAACGCCUUGUUAUCAGCGACUUUGGGAUAUGGAAGGCGGCGACGAUGCCGACGGUAAUGUGCAAUUUUUGGGUGUUCGAGGAGCUGAAAUGGCGGCGGCAGCCUUUGCUGAAGAACAGCAUGCUGAAAAUCCACUGGAAGGACGUGUGGAAGUUGUAGCGGCACAGCAAGCAGUGCAGAAUCUCAAUUUGAAUGAAGGCGCCGCUCUAGCUGCGGCAGCAGAUGCUGUGCCCGAAGUCAAUCCAGAGGCAUGGGAGGCUGAUGUAGAUGACUGGGAUGACUGGGAACCACAACCUGCGCAUUGGCGCAAUAACGCCUUUGAGGCUCGACCGGCUGGUCAACCUCGCCAGCAGCGAUUGCCGACCUUAGGGGACCGCUUUCGCGGACAUCGCGAGGGACCUGGUAGAGGCCAGGUGCGUAAUGUUGUUCGCAACAGACGUGCAAUCGCAAGGCACGCUGCAGAAGAUGUGAGAGAUGGUGCGGAAUUUGAACAACUCGAGCCCGGAGUAGAACACGAGAACUGAUUCAUCUCAAGUGCCACGCCUGAGAGACGGAGUCAUCGUCGCACGUGAAGUUGCGCAACAGCGAGCUCGCAACGAAGGAGAAGCUCGGCAACUGGCAGCCGGGUUGCAACGUUUCUUGCAAAUGGCUGCUGAGGAUCGCGAGGAUGAAUGGGAUAGUGAUGAGCUUGAAGGAGAUGAUGAUCUAUGGGCCAUCCCUGAUGCCCCAGCUAGGGAGCAAUUACCGGGUAUGCCGCCGGUACGAAUGCCCUUUCUUGUACAGAGACGAUAGCGAGCGUCCGCUUUUGCAUAUACGCAAUUUUAUACCCAUGUCAACCGCUUUUUCAUUUAU